UGUUGCGGUGGGCAAAUACGCAUUAAGAGCUGCGGUUUGUGUGGUUCUGUUCAUUAAGGCAUUCCUGCACGGAUUGGGGCGACAGAGAGAGGGGGGCUUUACAUAAUGAAGUGCAUGCUUUUCACGUGAAAUGCCCCUUUAAAAGCGGACUCCCUUCACUUUCAUCCAGGCACAUAGUAAACGAGCAGAGGCGAGGAGUGAAAAGUCUGUGACAGCUGCACUUUGAGGGUUUUUGUCAGUUCGGCUUCAGGAUGGUUGCAACGUACCCGUUACCGGAGGGCUUCUCCGACUUUGACGUGUUCUCCCUGGGAUCAUGUCUGCUGGUGGAGGGUCUGCUGGGCUUCUUUCUAAAUAUGGUGACAAUCGUCGCCUUCCUCAAAGUGAGAGAGCUGAGGACCCCCAGCAACUACCUCGUCUUCAGUUUAGCGUUAGCUGACUGUGGCAUCUCCAUGAACGCCACCAUCGCCGCUUUCUCCAGCUUCCUGAGAUACUGGCCUUACGGCUCUGAUGGUUGCCAGACUCACGGUUUCCAGGGCUUCAUCACAGCUCUCGCCAGCAUCCACUUCAUAGCCGCCAUCGCCUGGGACAGAUACCACCAGUACUGCACCAGGACAAAGCUGCAGUGGAGCAGCGCCAUCACUCUGUCCAUCUUUAUCUGGCUCUUCACCGCCUUCUGGUCCGCCAUGCCCCUCAUCGGCUGGGGAGAGUACGACUACGAGCCCCUCAGGACCUGCUGCACCCUGGACUACACCAAGGGAGACAGAAACUACGUGUCCUACCUGAUCCCCAUGGCGAUCUUCAACAUGGCCAUCCAGGUGUUUGUUGUCAUGUCCUCCUACCAGUCCAUCGCACAGAAAUUCAAGAAGACCGGAAACCCCAGGUUUAACGCCAACGCCCCUCUGAAGACCAUGCUGCUCUGCUGGGGCCCCUAUGGUGUCCUGGCUUUCUACGCCGCCAUAGAGAACGCCACCUUGGUUUCCCCUAAGCUCAGGAUGAUGGCUCCCAUCCUGGCUAAGACUUCUCCCACCUUCAACGUCUUCCUGUACGCUUUGGGAAAUGAGAACUACAGAGGAGGCAUCUGGCAGCUCCUGACCGGGGAAAAGAUUGAUGUGCCUCAAAUUGAGAACAAGUCCAAAUAAACUAAGCAUGUAAUAAUUACACACACAUUCUGUCCUGGUGGUUUCUCACAGGUACUUAGAUGUUUGCUGUCUGUGAGUGUACGUGCAUGUGGUGUGUUUUGAACGGUGGUUGCCAUUUCCCCUUGUAAACAUCUGUCCUAUAUUUGUAGGCCUUUGUUCCUGAAAUUGUAUUUAGUAAAAGGACCAAACGAUAUAAACAUUUCCUUUUGGAAGAAUCUAGAAGCAACUGGAGCUCAUUUUCAUUUCAGUAAUUUCACUGGACUUUUUCUGUAACAAACACAUGAUUUGUUUUGUAUUCUUGGGACAAUGUUGAAACAAAUAGAAGUAAUUGCAUUAAGCAGGGGGUGACUUUCAUUUUGCAUUUCAUAAGAAAUGUUUACUGUAAACAGACUUUAAUAAUAGAAGUUUGGUCUUUAUAUUCAAGGUUAUCUUAGAAUACAAACAUCCCUGAACAGGAAGUAUUGUUAGGAACUUCAAACCAAAGCAAAUAUUAGCAUUUGAUGUUUUGGCUGUUUAACCUUAAACAGCGAUGCAGCGUUGCUUUUCUUACAGUCAAAACAUCAUUGUCACUCGUCAACAAAAGGCAGCUAUCUUAGCUUUGUCAAGGGGAACAAAUCGAAACGUAAAAAAAAUGCUUUAGUCUCACAGCUAAAACGUUUUUAACAAAGGAUUCAGGUCACCAAUUUCUCUCUGGGUCUGACAGACGGAGAGUCUUCCCUCCUCGUCAAGUGCCUGUCAAUUACAUGUUAAAGUGUUUGCAUGCACUGAUGUCUCGUCGUGCUCCCUAAGCUCGAUUGUGAACUCUGUGUCCAGAGUUAGAACUGCACUAAUCCUCAAACAAGAGCAGCAUUCAUCGAUACACAGCCCCCACGACAAGUAAGAGAUUAGUCGCUGGUUGUAGAUUAACUGAACAUGCUUCUUGCUUUCUUAUUUGCAGAUAAACAAAGACAAAGGUCUGUUAACAUUUACACUACAUUCGAAUGAUUAUUGAUAUCCACUUAUCAUUUAAAAUAUAUAGUCCUGGUAUGGAUUUAAUACUUUACAGUUAAAAAAACAACUUUAUCAUAUCAUUAUAUAAUACUAUUUUUCAUACAUGUAAUUUAGUUUCCAUACUAACUUUACUGUCAACAGGCCUUGUUUGACAUUUCUGUUGUCUAACCACAACGAUAGACAAUACACAAUAACAUAGUGGUUAUCAUAUAAUCAAUAUUUUCUGGCAGUAGGUUUCAAAAACCAAUAGUCCACCUAAGAAGUGCUUUAAUGUAGUAGAUCAUUACGUUCAGAUCAGGUUUAUAAGGAUUUUUAUGACGCUAUAGACAAUCCAUCUGAUCAGAGCUGGAGUCAGAGUGUUGGUCGAUAAAAGAGGCGGGACACUCAAAGACAAAGGAUUCCUAUAUAAUAUGCAUAAAGGUUCAAAUGCAAAUGAGGUUUCAAUGCUCUGUUGCAUAUCAUUCACACUAUUAAAAUGUUUAAUUCUCAACAACAUGAUCAAGUCUAUUCACAACCAUACUCUUAUAUUUAAAUGUUUAAAUAACUGAAGUGUGAAGUUCUUAAAAUCCUUAGAGGUCAUUUAGAGGCGAGCAUCUUGACUCCAGAUGUUAGCAGGCAGGAUGACAAUGAUCCCACAAAAUCUAUUGUAUAGUAAUAUAUACAUUUGUAUACUUAUUCACCUCUGAAAAUCCCUGGAAUCUUGAUUAUAAUGUUGUUUUUUGUCUUUUAAAUGUUAUUCUUUUUCUGUUCAUAACUGACAGAAGAUGAUCUUCCAUGCGGAAUGAAUCGUCCAUUUAUCAAUGCAAUCUUAGAUAAUUAAUAAAGAAUUCAAACUG